AUGAGCACAUCUAAUACACCACCUGACCCUCUACAUGAUGGCGGAGAAGAAAUCAAUAUUGAUGAUCUAUCUAACAUUGAUGAUAAGGCGCCUUUGUGGAUUUAUGUGAAUAAAAUUGAGAAGAUGGUUGGAGGAGGAUCAUGGAGAUUUGAAUGCAAAUUUUGCAGUACAAAAUAUUCUGGUUCUAAUUGGAGAGCCACAACUCAUUUGUUGAAAGAUGGAGCAAAAGGAAUUAAAGAGUGUUUGAAGGUUACUUCUCAACAAAGAGCUAACAUGAGAAAGUUAGUUGAUGAGUGCAAAAAAAGAAUACAACGUGCAGCUCCUAAAACAGUUCUGUUGCCGUCAUCAACAAGGAACGCGUCUCACUCUUCUCUUGAUUAUGAUAUGAGUUAUAUUGUUCCAAUUGCAAAUGAGCUUGAUCCGAAGAGGAGAAAGACAAUGGAUUCACCUUUGGCAAAGGCAUUUAAGAAUGAGGAAAGGGAGCAAUGUGAUGGCGAGGUUGCUAGAAUGUAUUACACAGGUGGUUUAUCUUUUAACCUUGCAAGAAAUCCUCACUACCAAAAUUCAUAUAAGCGAGCAUCAAACAUUCCAGGAUAUGUUCCCCCUGGGUAUGAAGCAUUGAGGACUGGACUUCUCCAAAAAGAAAAGAAGAACCUUGAACUGCACUUACAGCCUUUAAAGAAUUCAUGGAAACAGAAAGGAGUUAGUAUAUGUAGCGACGGUUGGUCGGAUCCACAACGAAGACCAAUAUUUAACUUGCUUGCUGCAAAUGAGAGUGGUCCAAUGAUGUUAAGGGCGAUUAAUACCCACGGUGAAACAAAAACAGGUGAGAUGAUUGCAGAGUUGAUCAUAGACUGCAUAAAGGAGGUUGGACAUGAAAGUGUUAUCCAAGUAGUUACUGAUAAUGCUGCCAAUUGUGUAAAGGCUGGUUCACUUAUUUCAGCCAAGUAUCCUACCAUCUUCUGGACCCCAUGUGUGGUACAUACUUUGAACCUUGCUUUGAAGAACAUAUGUUCACCAUUAUUAAACACAAGUACAGACGAAGGUGUAUAUGAUUCUUGUUCUUGGAUCAAGUCUCUAAGUGAGGAUGUGAAUUGGAUUAAGAACUUCAUUAUGAACCAUGGAAUGAGGCUUGUGAUGUUUACAGAACAUUGUGAUCUUAAACUCCUUACAAUAGCUUCUACCAGAUUUGCCUCCACGGUUGUGAUAUUCAAAAGGUUCAAGAAAAUAAAAAUUGGGUUGCAACAAAUGGUGAUCAGUACUAAGUGGGAUGAUUAUAAAGAAGAUAAUGUAACUAAAGCAUAUGCGGUGAAACAAAAGAUAUUAGAUGAAAUGUUUUGGGAUGGGCUUGAAUAUGCUUUAUCUUUCACUUUGCCCAUAUAUAGUGUGAUUAGAGUUGUUGAUACUGAUAAGCCUUCUCUUCAUUUAGUAGAUGAGUGGUGA